UUAUAUCAUCACGAUAAAUCGCGACGUCCGCAAUAGAAUUAUAUAAGUCUGUAAGCUGCGCACGAGGCAGCAAUUAGCUGCCAACCGUUGGACUCGUCACGGCGCAGAGUAAUCUAUCUUGUAUUCAAGUAUACACGUAUUAUAUUCACGCUCAUACCUGUUUUGCAGAUAAAUGCACUUGUAGCAAGUUCAAAGUGACAUUCUGCAAGGGGAACAAGCUGCAAUUCGCAACUAACAUAAACACCACUAAAGAAAAAGGUACUACUUGGAGUAAUAACCGACUUUGCAAAACGAGCAGAGGACUCACAGUCAACUGACAUGUUUACUUGCGACGUUUGCAAUAAGGUGUUCCACUCUCGUAGUAAUUUUAAUCGCCACGCUGUCCGGCAUAGUGAUGCCAACCAAUACCAAUGCGAUAUAUGCUGCAAGGUAUUUGCCAGACGUGACAAUUACAUUCGUCACCUCAAAAAUCAGCACGGUGGGGGACUGAUUAUGCAGAGAGGCUUCGGGGAAGUGGAUGAGGCACCGACGCAGGAACCAGCACCAAAAUGUCAGAAAAUCUCGGGCGACGUUCGUGACCUGUUCCACGUGACAAUGGUCAGAGAAGUGGAUAUGAAGAAAUUCAAGACAAAGGGGCAAGAGUACACCGUCAGAUUUAACGACAACCUCGACAUUUACAGCUAUUCUACCGUUGUGGAAACCUUAAAUCAAGUACUCCAGAGUCUCAUCGACACGUUGACAGAGGGAGCAGAGAUUUGAUACGCAUGGUGGUCACAUGUCCAGAGCUGGACUAUCCCAUCACGUUACCCUUCAUGCCCAAGUCUCGCUUAACGGCCGAACGAUUCCUAGCUAGGGUGGAGACAGUGUUACAGUCUUACGAAGAAUUCACCAUAGAUGGCACUCUCGAGAUUCAAAUUACCCACGUAGAAAUGCCAAAGGGUGGUAAACGUCGCCGCAAAAUGUACGUAAACCUAGACCGAUAUUUGAAAGAAAAACAAUGUCUCAUUCAGAUCGUGAAUAAAGAGGAAUUGUGCUGUGCUAGAGCCAUCGUUACGGCCAAAGCUCGACUCGACAAACACGAAAAGUGGGAUGCCAACCGCAAGGGAUACAAGCUGCAGAAGAUACUCGCUGAGGAACUGCAUUGCAAUGCGGGGGUACCGUUGACGAAAUGCGGGCUCGAGGAAAUUAAACAAUUUCAACGCCUUGUCAGCAGUUAUCAGAUCAUAGUGGCGUCCAAAGAAUACGCAAAUGCUGUCGUCUACAAAGGUCCCUCUGCCAAUCAACAGAUUUACCUCUAUCAUCAUGAUGGACACUAUGACGUCAUCACCAGCAUGCCUGCAUUCCUCAACAGAAGUUAUUUCUGCGUGAGAUGUCUGAAAGGUCACGACCAUCCCGAAGACCAUAGAUGUCAAGGUUCAUGUAAGCUUUGUUUCCAGCCCACCUGUGAAGAAGGCGAGUUAGUAUAUUGCCGAGACUGCAAUAGAUACUUCAGAAGUGACUUGUGCUACGAAAAUCACCUGAAACGGAACACUCGCGGUGUGUCAAUGUGCAAGUCUCACUUCAGGUGCCAAGAUUGCGGACAGUUUGUCAGCAAAAGAUAUCACAAAGGCAAAGACCACCGGUGUGGAGAACGGUACUGCAACGUAUGCCGAGAAUUUGUUCUUCCCGGACAUCUGUGUUAUAUGCAGCCGGUCGACAAAACUCAAGACAAACCCGACAAUAAUUGCAGUCUAAUUGCUGAAGAAAUGGAGGAGGCACAUGCCAUGAAAGACGAUGCCGAAGAUUGUGAAGAUGACGUCAAAAGUUACAUCUUCUUUGAUUUCGAAUGCGUGCAAGAAUCGGGUGUCCACGAUCCAAAUCUCUGCAUCGCACAAAAAGUAUGCUCCAAAUGCUUGAGCGAGGAACAAUUGGCAUCGUGCACACGGUGUGAGCAGCGCGAGCGACUUCUCGCUGGGCCCACCACGAGGCAGGAAUUUUUGCCAUUGGCUCUUUAGCGAAGAGAACGCUGGUUCCAUUGUCCUCUGUCACAAUUUCAAAGGAUACGACUCAUAUUUUAUUCUGCGGUAUUUAUACGACAAUGCCGUCCUACCCGAGGUUAUCUUGAAUGGAGCCAAGGUAAUGAGCAUCACGGUACCCUCCACCGAUAUGAAGUUCAUCGACUCCUUCAACUUCCUCCCCAUGGCCCUCUCCAAACUUCCGGGUGCUUUCGGUUUGAAGGAACUGGCCAAGGGAUACUUCCCUCAUUUCUUCAACACCUGGGCCAAUCAGCAUGCUGUACUCUCUCACCUCCCCGAGAUGCAUUACUACAAUCCCGAUUCCAUGAAGCCCACAGACAGACAGGCCUUCGUUCAGUGGUACUAGGAACAUCGGAAUGACUGCUUUGACUUCCAGAAAGAAAUUGUCAAAUACUGUCGUUCUGACGUGGACAUACUCCGUCGGUGUUGUCUCAGCUUUAGAUCCCUUUUCAUGAACAUGACUACUGAAGAUUCAGCCCCCGGUAUAGACCCGUUUCGCCAUUGCAUUACAAUCGCUUCCGCUUGCAACUUGGUAUAUCGCACUAAGUAUUUGGCUCCGGACACCGUCGCUAUCAUCCAUCCUCAGGGAUAUCCUUCCAACGAUCGCCAGUCGGUCAAGGCUCUCAAGUGGCUCGAAUGGGUGGCCCAUCAGACUGGUCACCUCGUCCAACAUGCCGCCAACGGCGGUGAGAAACACAUUGGUCCCUACAAGGCCAAUGGCUACUACGAGUCAAAUGGAGUGAAAACCGCGCUCGAAUUUCACGGUUGUCUUCAUCACGGUCAUACUUGCCUUGCUCGGGACACUAAGCAUCCUCUCAACGGCCUCACGAUGGAAGAGCUUUACCAGACGACCACCGACAAACGUCAAUACGUUAUGGGAUGUGGGUACAACCUCAUCAAAAAAUGGGAAUGCGAGUUUGAUACAGAACUUUCGCAGAACACAGACAUGAACACAUUUGUGUCCUCGCUAGAGAUUCAGACACCUCUCAUUCCACGUGAUGCUUUCUGCGGAGGUCGCACUAAUGCCACUCGACUGCAUUACGAAGCAGGGCCCAAUGAGAAGAUCAAGUACGUUGACUUUACCUCCUUGUACCCCUACGUCAAUAAAUAUGGAAAAUAUCCAAUCGGCCAUCCCACUGUUAUCACCGAAAAUUUCGGUGAUGUCAGCGAGUACGAGGGGCUGAUUAAAUGCAAGGUUCUUCCACCUAGAGGCUUGUAUCACCCCGUCAUUCCGUACAAAGCAUCGGGUCGUUUGAUGUUCCCUCUGUGCGCCAAGUGCGCUGAAACCCUUCAACAGCCACCAUGUCAGCACAGCGACGACGACCGUUCCCUCAUCGGUACGUGGGUCACUCUGGAGUUGCAGAAGGCGCUGGUUAAAGGCUACACGCUGGUGAAAAUCUACGAGGUCUGGCGUUUUUAUGAAGUCGCUCAUUACGAUCCAGACACCAAAGAGGGUGGGCUCUUUGCAGACUACGUGAAUGCUUUCCUCAAGAUGAAACAGGGGGCGAGUGACUGGCCUGUCUGGUGUCAGACGGACGAGCAGAAACAUCAAUACAUCGAGCGGUAUUUUGACAAGGAGGGGAUCCGGCUCGAGUGGGGCAACAUUAAGAAGAACCCGGGAUUGAGGGCCAUAGCAAAGCUGAUGCUUAACAGUUUCUGGGGGAAGUUUGGACAACGACCCAACAUGGCGAAGUCUUCGUACUUGAAGGACCCAACCGAAUACCUCGACAUGAUGACGCGUGAUGACAUCGAAGUUCAAAGCGCUAACUUCGUCAACGAGGAGAUGGUCGAGGUGCAAUGGCAACACACGGAGGACUUUGUGGAGCCGUCAGGAAGGACCAACGUAAUACUAGCCGCAUACACGACUAGUCAAGCUCGUCUGAAGUUGUACGAUCUGUUAGACAAACUUGAUCACAGGUUCUCUAUUAUGACACCGAUAGCGUGAUUUACGUCAGUCGAAAGGGUGAAUGGGAGCCGGAGAUUGGUGACUUUCUGGGAGAGUUGACCAAUGAGUUGGAGGCUGAUAAUCAUAUCGUUACGUUCGUGUCAGGAGGUCCCAAGAAUUACGGUUACGAAUUAGCCAAACCAGACAAGAGUGGCAACUUGUCUCACUGUAAAGUCAGAGGCAUUACUCUGAACUAUAGGAAUCAUUUCCUCGUUAAUUUCGAUGUCAUGUCUCAAAUGGUACGCAAAGAAGGUCCAAGUAAAGUGCAAGUGAAAGAUCCCUACAAAAUAACGAGGAACAAGAAAACUGUGAAUAUUGAGACGAAAGAGGAAAAGAAAUUUUAUCAGGUGGUUUACACCAAGCGUGUGCCGAAAGAUAAUUACGACACCGUGCCUUACGGCUUUUAAUUUCCACUCUUGACCUAAUAUACAGUGGGGCUCUCGAUCAAAACAGUUUGUUCAAAAGUGUAUGUACAUGUGUGGACAAUAUUGUACAUCUACUUAACAGGCUGUUGCUUUGUUGUGGCACUUAACGUUAACACGAAGCGGCGUAAUUAAUUCUUUUACCAAUGCUCGUCGACAACUUCAAACUGAUUUUAUUUUAUAUAUCACAAAGUUGUGUCCAUUUUUUGCACGUAUGAUUAAUGAUUCGUAUUAUUACAGCAUAUAAUUUUAAAGUGAACUAUGCUAGAAUAACGGAGCAACAACUCCACAAUUGAAACUACGAUGUCAAAUGUUUGUACCCUAUGUAAUAAACGAAGAAACGAAUUUAACAGUGAUUGUCGUGUAAACAAAUAACUUUUUUGUUUUAAUUUUUCUUAUUUUACUUUCUUAUUUUUACAUGCAAGGGAAUUUAAAAAUUCGCUGGGGAUUACCAACAAAUGUUUUACAAAUGCAAUGAUUGGCUAAAUAUGAAAAAAGUUCUACCCACCUAUAUGUUUAUUUAUUAACGAUUUGACUAUUAAUCCCAAAAAGGUGAGAGCAAUGUUUGAGUAGUUUUACCGUGUCCACAUGAUUGGAUCUGGCCAAUCGUGUUCCAAAUUUUGUAUCUAAAGCGGUGAAAAUUUUGCGGAUCAAGUACAAGAGACCACAUGUGUAUUAUAAAAAGCGGGAAUUUGAUUUGAUACCUUUCUUAUUCAACCAUUGCUACACAAUCUAUUAUUGUGAAAGAAGAGCUUGUUUGUAAUUUGGCCGCUCUCUUUUGAUAAUAAUUUAAUAAAUGUCGUUGUGUACAUGUAAUGUGAUUUGUUUGUGAUUCAGCGUCAACUAGUACAUUUUGUUUAAUCACUGUUUAUUGCUGGAAUAGUUAGUGAACCUUUAUCACCUUCAUUUGUAUCUUUGAGUUUGAUGUAUUGUAAUAAAGUAUGUAGUAGAACUUCUGGCUUGUUUUCAAGCUCAGUCUGUCAGGUUAGCAAUAUUGAAAACAAAAAAAAUUAUGUUUAACAAAAUGUACGAAUUUCUAAUCCAACAUACUUGUAUAACGUUCUUGUGAAUGUACCGUAUACAUGCGUUUCUAACCUACAUACCCGGCCCACAUAAGUAUAGUCCGUGUGUUAAAAAGGGCCAUCAAUUAAGUUCAUUAUAUUAAGCGGUAUUUUAUUUACUGUACUCUACAUGCAGUUUUGUACUUAUUUCAAGACAUACCCGAGUUAACCUCGCUCUCUCGAGCAGAUUAUAUCGAUCACAAAGACCAACAAACAAAUGGUACGUUCCUGUAUGUAUUAAUAUCGUGACCUUCCCCUCACACAUUACCUAUACCCCGUGAACAAUGGAAUUUUCCCGAUCCUCAUUUUAUGCUAAUGAGGGUCACGUGGUACAAAAUCCAGCGUUCUGAUUGGUCGAGAGCCCGUCAGAGAGGAGGCAAAAUAUCCUGGUUAGACGGGCUGCACUACUGAACAUUUGAGUUAUGCGUUACUUAGUUAUAAUCUUGUUCAUUCAU